UGGCAGGCUCGUAUUAAAAAGAUUAUGCAAGCUGAUGAGGAUGUUGGGAAGAUAGCAUUAGCGGUGCCUGUUUUAGUUUCUAAAGCAUUGGAGUUAUUUUUGCAAGACCUUUGUGAUCGUACCUAUGAGAUAACCCUCCAAAGAGGAGCUAAAACCAUGAAUGCAGUGCAUCUAGGAAGGGGUCGGGGUCGAGGACGAGGCCGUGGACGUGGGCGGGCCAGUGAAAGAGAGACCCUACACCAUGAGACUGAAUCUGAACCCUGCACAUCUCUUCAGCACACCACCAAACCUAAUCCAAACCCCGGAAUGGUGGUGGAUGACGCUUCCGAGUCAAAGGAGGAAAUGAAGGAAAAUGCUGUUAUCCCUGAUGAGGCUGAUCCUGCAGUUCGAAAUUUUGAUCUGAAUGCUGAUGUAAUUGAGAAUGAGGACACAAAAGCUGCAGUGACAGCCGCCCAAGCAGCGACAGCUGCCCAAGCUUCAUCGACAGCUGCCCAAGCUGCAGCAACAGCAUCCCAAGCUGCAGCAACAGCAGCCCCGACCUCGUCAGCUGGACCUACUUCUGAGAUUAAACAUGAAGAAUAUCCUGGGUGGUCUCUCUCGGAUGUGGAUAAAAUGGCCAUUGACCCUCUUCAACUUGCACAUUUGAGCGGAAGGAUAGACGAGGAUGAGGAAGACUAUGACGAAGAGGGCUAAAUUCCUCUUGAUGGCUUAUCAUCCCAAAGUAGGUUAGUGGGAUCAAGAUCAAUUGGAAGCUGUUGAAGGAAAACUAAAUAAAAGUAUACAAAAGCUGGAAUAGUGACCCAAUUGGAGAUGACAUGGCCUGGCCUAUGCACUUGUCCCAAUGAAGUUGGAAUUUCGUUUCCUGUGAAAUGUUAGUAUCAUAGCAUUUGCUAACAUCCAUUUCCAGAAGGUAGCUUUUCCUAACAAUGGCAGAGACGAUAGCCUCUGCAGUUUGACUCUUAGAAGUGUAUGAAGAAUAUGGCACCCUUGGAUAGCGGUGGAUUGCCCUAUGAGUGGUUGGCCUUUUUAAUUUAUUAUGCUUUGUUAUAGAUUCUAGGAUAAGUAGCUGUGUUGCUCGUUAUCUUGUGGAAGGUAAUAGUUCUGUUAGGUCUUCAAUUAAUCUUCUGACCAGUAAAUUGGAUUUCUAUCUCUUUGCUCCCUUGCUCUAGCUCCCAAAAGAGUCCUACAAUGGGUUUGCAUGUGAGUUGCUAAUGAUUUGGUUAAUUUCAAUGAAAGUGGAUGGUGAUGGGACAACGGCUGCAAUGGUGGCUGAUUGAGUGGGAA